ACCUACCCAUCCCUGUCUGGGACGGUCAGCAUCCCUCCACCCACCUACCCGCAAGACAACGUUCUUCGCCCAGGGAAAGCACCAACGAUUCCACCCCUCUGCUAUGAUCGCCCAUUGACGGACCACUCGAAGCCGCCACCCCUCUUCCACCUCUCCUUCUCUUCCUAUAAAACUGAACAAUCCCAGCACUUUUUCUCUUUGUAUCCCAUAAACCCAGCUCUGCUUUCUUCAUUCCCUCCCUUCCCCGCUCGCCGAUGGCUCUCCCCCAAUCCAAUCUCCUCCAAAAACCUUUCCUCACUUCCAAACCCCAAUCCCCUUCCCCCGUCCUGUCCUUCUCUCCUUCCUCCCUCCCGUCUCUCUCUCGCUCCAGAUCUCGUCCUCUCGAGAUCAGAAGCUCCAUCGCCGCCGCCCCCUCGCCGGCCGCCAAGGCCGUGAAGGAGUGCGCCGUCAAAUCGGUGAAGGCGAGGCAGAUCAUAGACAGCAGGGGGAAUCCCACGGUCGAGGUCGAUCUCGUCACCGACGCUCUCUCCCGCUCGGCGGUUCCCAGUGGGGCUUCUACUGGGAUCUACGAGGCCCUUGAGCUCAGGGAUGGCGACAAGAACGUCUAUGGCGGCAAGGGAGUCCUCAAUGCCGUGAAAAACAUCAACGAGGUCCUAGCCCCAAAGCUCAUCGGCGUCGAUGUCAGGAACCAAGCUGAUGUUGAUGGGAUCAUGCUUGAUAUUGAUGGAACUCCAAAUAAAUCGAAACUGGGUGCCAACGCCAUUCUUGGGGUUUCUCUGAGUGUGUGCCGUGCUGGCGCAGGAAGCAAGGGGGUUCCUUUGUAUAGGCACAUCCAUGAACUAGCUGGAACAAAGGAACUUGUGAUGCCUGUCCCGGCUUUCAAUGUGAUAAAUGGUGGUAGCCAUGCUGGUAACAAUUUGGCAAUGCAAGAGUUUAUGAUAUUGCCAGUAGGUGCAACUUCAUUUGCCGAGGCUCUCCGUAUGGGCAGUGAAGUUUAUCAUACUCUGAAGGGCAUUAUUAAGGCAAAAUAUGGGCAAGAUGCAUGCAAUGUGGGAGAUGAAGGUGGCUUUGCACCCAAUGUUCAAGACAACAGGGAGGGCCUGGUCCUGCUUAUAGAUGCUAUCGAAAAGGCUGGUUACACCGGAAAGAUCAAAAUAGGAAUGGAUGUAGCAGCUUCAGAGUUCUACACAAAGGAUGGGAGAUAUGAUCUGAAUUUUAAGAAGCAGCCAAAUGAUGGAGCCCAUGUUCGCACAGCUCAAAGCCUUGGUGAACUGUAUAAAGAGUUUGUCAGAGAUUUCCCUAUUGUGUCUAUUGAGGAUCCCUUUGACCAAGAUGACUGGAGCUCUUGGUCAUCACUGCAGUCGUCAGUCGACAUCCAGCUAGUAGGGGACGAUUUACUGGUUACCAAUCCAAAUAGGAUUGCUGAUGCAAUUCAGAAGAAGGCCUGCAAUGGUCUGCUAUUAAAAGUUAAUCAGAUCGGCACUGUUACCGAAUCCAUUAAAGCUGCACUUGAUUCAAAGGCUGCUGGCUGGGGAGUAAUGGUCAGUCACCGUAGUGGUGAGACAGAAGAUAAUUUUAUUGCAGAUCUCUCUGUUGGGCUGGCAAGUGGACAGAUCAAAACUGGAGCUCCCUGCCGUAGCGAGCGGUUGGCAAAGUAUAAUCAACUUUUGCGCAUUGAGGAGGAGCUCGGAAAUGUGCGGUAUGCUGGUGCAGCUUUCAGAUCUCCAUAGAUGCUGAUACAGAAGUUUUCAUUCUGAGUGGAAAUAAGGUACUGGACCAAACUCAUCCCAAGUAAGAAGUCUGCUGUAUGUCAAAAGAGGACCAAAUAUUUUGUAGCUUGCCCUAGAUGCAUUCUGAAAGGGUCAUUUCUUGAUAAUUGCUGAAUUUUUUUUCCUGAGGGGUAGCUUGAGUGUUAUCGUAUUCUGAACCUCUCUUGCUCAAUGAAAUUUUGGGCUGAAAUUACAUGCUGUGUGCUGCAUUUUGUGACUUUCGCUGGCAACUUUGAAUCCUUUACUGGA